CGCCAAGUUCUCCCACUGUAUGUCUGGUUGCAGCGACGAGUUCUCACACUUGCCAUACGAAAGGGUUGCCUUCGUUGCAGCCAAAAGACCCCGUUUCUCUCUCGUCAUCGCUUCGCCGCAUCUGCUGUUCAUCCCCACGCUCCGCAUCGAUCGUACUCUUCUCUUCCACCAUCACCAUCUCUGUUCAAUUUUAUUCCUCUCCCGCUCUCUCUUCUCCAUAUCUUCUCCGCUCCGCUCCCUCUUUUGCAUCAUCUCUUGUCUUGCUCCCACUCACAAGUUCGGUGUCCACAUUUCUGGACCGACUCUCUCGCUCCCACGGAUUUUACAGGAAGUGGAGUGAUACAUCGUCGCAUAGUUACUGGGAAAAUUGUAAUUGCUCGUGCUCAGGCUGGAAUUUCAAGCAAGUUGAGGAUUGCAGGCGAAAUUUACUGAAGUAAAAUUCGCCAGGCGCAAUGCAAGGUGCAAUGCAGACAAAGAUGUGGAGGGGAGAGCUGAUCAGCACAUCGACCCACUUUAUAGGCGGCACUCGACUGCAGCCCAAACUAAACCAGGAUGCAAGGAAACCCACGAAAAGUGAAAAUUGUAUCGUUCGAGUCUCCAUGGAGCGUGAGGUCAAGGCUAAGGCCGCGGUUUCUCCACCCGCUGUUGCUGCAGACCGUCUCACUCCACGAGUGCAAGAAAGAGAUGGCUACUACGUUCUCAAAGAGGAAUUCCGACAAGGAAUUAACCCCCAAGAGAAGAUCAAACUUGGGAAAGAGCCGAUGAAAUUCUUCAUAGAGAACGAGAUAGAGGAGCUUGCAAAGACGCCGUUCGCGGAGCUAGACAGCUCGAAGCCUGGGAAGGACGAUAUCGAUGUUAGACUCAAGUGGUUGGGUCUCUUCCACCGCCGCAAACAUCAAUAUGGAAGGUUCAUGAUGCGGUUCAAGCUUCCGAAUGGAAUCACGAACAGUACACAGACGAGGUUUUUGGCCGAGACCAUCUCAAAAUACGGAAAGGAAGGGUGUGCAGAUUUGACGACAAGACAGAACUGGCAAAUUCGUGGGAUUAUGCUCGAAGAUGUGCCCUCCCUUCUGAAAGGACUGGAAUCCGUGGGCCUAUCGUCUCUGCAGAGCGGGAUGGACAAUGUAAGAAAUGCGGUCGGUAACCCUCUUGCUGGAAUCGACCCCGACGAAAUCGUCGACACCAUUCCUAUCUGUCAGGCGCUGAACGACUACAUCAUCAACAGAGGGAAAGGAAAUACUGAGAUCACCAACUUACCUCGGAAGUGGAACGUGUGCGUGGUCGGGACGCACGACUUAUUUGAACAUCCGCACAUCAACGAUCUUGCGUACGUUCCCGCAACCAAGAACGGCGUCUUCGGUUUCAACAUUCUUGUUGGAGGAUUCUUCAGCUCAAAGCGGUGCGCCGAAGCUAUUCCGAUGGACGCUUGGGUGCCGACAGACGACGUCGUCCCGUUGUGCAAAGCAAUUCUGGAGACUUAUCGAGACCUCGGGACUCGCGGCAACCGACAGAAGACUCGCAUGAUGUGGUUGAUCGAUGAGAUGGGAGUCGAGGAGUUCAGAGCCGAGGUGGAAAGGCGCAUGCCCAGCGGCACUAUCCGGCGAGCCGGACAGGAUCUGAUAGACCCGUCGUGGAAGCGCCGGAGCUUCUUCGGAGUAAACCCCCAGAAGCAAGCAGGGCUGAACUACGUUGGUCUUCACGUCCCGGUCGGGCGUUUGCACGCUCCAGAGAUGUUCGAGCUGGCUCGCAUUGCCGAUGAGUACGGCAACGGCGAGAUCCGGAUCACUGUGGAGCAGAACCUGAUUCUGCCCAACAUCCCGACGGAGAAAAUUGACAAGUUGAUGCAGGAGCCCCUCUUGCAGAAAUACUCUCCGAAUCCCACCCCCUUGUUGGCGAACUUGGUGGCCUGCACUGGCAGCCAGUUCUGCGGCCAAGCGAUCGCGGAGACGAAGGCCCUGUCCCUGCAACUCACGCAGCAGCUCGAAGACACCAUGGAAACGACUCGCCCGAUCCGAUUGCACUUCACGGGAUGCCCCAACACAUGCGCUCAAAUCCAGGUUGCGGAUAUCGGAUUCAUGGGCACCAUGGCUCGAGAUGAAAACCGAAAGCCCGUUGAAGGGUUCGACAUCUACCUCGGAGGCCGCAUCGGCUCCGACUCUCACUUGGGAGAGCUUGUCGUGCCUGGUGUGCCUGCCACCAAGCUGCUUCCGGUGGUGCAAGAGCUGAUGAUCCAGCAUUUCGGCGCUAAAAGGAAACCUUGAGAUGCAAAUCUGGGUAUAGUAACAAAAAAUCACUACUCGUCACACACACACACACACCGCUGAUGUAUAAUUUACGUAAAACCAAUCUAUCGAAUAGCACGAUUCACAGUUACGAAACUCUGGGUAAAACCCGGUUAUAAAUUGAUGACCAUUCAUUCGUCUUGUGCAGCCUUCCAGUGACAUUGUCAGUGUCGGUGGGCAUGAGCUCUGUCGCUAAUCCCCACUUCUCCAAUAAAGUUUCGGCAAAUCUGUGCCCACAUGAAUCAUGUUUA